GCAUCGGAUCUCCGGCUAGUCAACUAAAACCAGUCAACCAUGACUGCUACUUCUACUGUCACCUUGUGCACCGCAUUUCCACAGUCGACAGCUGCCUGCAACAAGAUAACCACUUGAACUCCACUGCGAGCGAGCAGCUCCGGUUUGAUCAGCCAUGGCGGUCGGCGUCAUCGCCGUUGACGGCGGCCAGGAGCGCCGCUAUGGCGGAAGGAUCACCGCCUUCGUCGUGCUGUCGUGCAUGACCGCCGGCAUGGGCGGCGUCAUCUUCGGCUACGACAUAGGAAUUGCAGGCGGCGUGUCGUCGAUGGAGCCGUUCCUGCGGAAGUUCUUCCCCGACGUGGACCGGCGGAUGAGGGACGACACGCGCGUGAGCAACUACUGCAAGUUCGACAGCCAGCUGCUCACGGCCUUCACCUCCUCGCUCUACGUCGCCGGCCUCCUCACCACCUUCCUUGCGUCGCGCGUCACGGCCGGGCGCGGCCGCCGCGCGUCCAUGGUCCUCGGCGGUGCCGCUUUCCUGGCCGGCGCGGCCGUCGGCGGCGCGGCGGUAGACAUCUACAUGGUCAUCCUGGGGAGGGUGCUCCUCGGCGUCGGCCUCGGGUUCGCCAACCAGGCCGUGCCCCUGUACCUGUCCGAGAUGGCGCCGGCGAGGUACCGCGGCGCGUUCAGCAACGGGUUCCAGCUGAGCGUCGGGAUUGGCGCACUCGCGGCAAACGUGAUCAACUUCGGCACGGAGAAGAUCAGGGGCGGCUGGGGGUGGCGCGUCUCGCUGGCGCUUGCCGCCGUGCCCGCCGGGCUCCUCACCCUUGGCGCGCUCUUCCUCCCGGAGACGCCCAACAGCCUCGUGCAGCAAGGCAGAGACCGCCGAGACGUGGCGCGGCUGCUGCAAAAGAUCCGCGGCGCCGACGUCGACGUCGGCGACGAGCUGGAUGACAUCGUCGCGGCCAACGGCGCUGUGGCGGAUUCCGGCGGCGACGGCCUGCGGAUGAUCAUUACCCAGCGACGGUACAGGCCGCAGCUGGUCAUGGCCGUGAUGAUACCGUUCUUCCAGCAGGUGACCGGGAUCAACGCGAUCGCGUUCUACGCGCCGGUGCUGCUGCGCACCAUCGGCAUGGGCGAGAGCGCGUCGCUGCUGUCCGCAGUGGUGACUGGAGUCGUCGGCGUGGGCUCGACGUUCGCGUCCAUGCUCGCAGUGGACCGCUUCGGUCGCCGCACGCUCUUCCUGGUAGGCGGCGUGCAGAUGCUGGCGUCGCAGGUGCUGAUCGGCGCCAUCAUGGCCGCGGAGCUGCGCGACGACGGCGGCGGCGUGAGCAAGGCGUGGGCGGGGUUGCUGAUCCUCCUGAUCGCCGUGUACGUGGCCGGGUUCGGGUGGUCGUGGGGGCCCCUGGGGUGGCUGGUGCCCAGCGAGAUCUUCCCGCUGGAGGUGCGCGCGGCGGGGCAGAGCGUGACGGUGGCGGUGAGCUUCGCGUUCACCGUGUUCGUGGCGCAGGCAUUCCUGUCGAUGCUGUGCCACAUGAAGGCCGGCAUCUUCUUCUUCUUCGCCGCGUGGCUCGCCGUCAUGACGGCGUUCGUGUACCUCCUCCUGCCGGAGACGAAGGGGUUGCCCAUCGAGCAGGUCGCCCGGGUGUGGCGCGAGCACUGGUUCUGGAGCAGGGUCGUCGGGCCCGAUCCUGACGAGGCGCGCGCGGGCGUGAAACUCUGAAACACGCACGCAUCAUGCAGGCACGAAUCGCGUUGCCUAUCUAUGGUUGCAAGUUGCAACCCAAUUCUAUAGCAUACUAUCUAGAACGAUUCUCGUGACAUCUUAUUCAUGUUAUUUAUCAUAUAAUUUAAUGUCUGAACUGAACAUGAGAGAAAUAAAAUAAACACAAAUCAUCAUAAUAAAGA